UUAAUGGAUCUCCGUUAUCUUGUACAGUUGACACAAAUUGACAAUCAGGACCUCGAGCACAUUUUGGCAGCGCUGGGUGAAUUUCAUGCCAACAAGCAGGCAAUCUUAGAUGCUGGGUUCCAUCAAGGCAAGGGUGGCAAAGUCAUCGAUAAUUGGUACAUCCCAAAAUUAGAGCUCAUACAGAGCAUUGUUCCCAGUAUGUGCAAUACUGGUGUUACCAUGCAGUGGACUGCAGACACUAUGGAGUACGUGCAUGUCAUGGAAAUCAAAGACCCUGCACAAGCCAGUAACAACAACCACUAUGAUGCGCAGAUUUGUUGCCAUCUUGACCAUGCUGACAAGUGCCGUCACUUUGAGCUUGCCGUGAGUCUACUAGACUUGUCAAACCAAGACACAUACCCAGAUGAAGAUGAUGAUGAAAGUGAUGUUGACAUCAAUGACAAUCGUGAUAUCCUAGCAACAGGCAAUCACCAUCAUUCACGGCCAAUUACUGACUAUUUUGCAAUCGCACAGACUCUUCUGCACAAGGAUGUUGGGACAAUCCCUGCGCCAUUAUGCACUUUUGUUAUUGCACAGCAUGUAGUAGCUCAUCUUGCCUAUGACCCAUCCAUCAGAGCCAUCUCUGUCGAUGAUGCUGCUCUCAAAUUUAACAUUCCCGACUUACAGCCAGCUCUUGCUGACUUUCUUUGUCGCGAAGAUACCCACAGAAAUGAUCACAUUCAUGCAAUUGGUGGAGCUAGGAGAGCUGAGCCCAAUGCUUUGCUUCCUUUCAAUACACUGCAAGUUUGGUUCAAACUUCGGCUCCAGGACACGGACAUUCACAACACCAGCAUUGUGCAGCCUGCACAGACCCUGAACUGUGCACCGCCUUGCGACCUCUGGACCUCUGGCCAGUAUGACACAGCCAUUGUCAAUCAUGAGGAGGGGUGCUCAUGGCCUGCUGAUGGUCUUCGUGGUCAUUGUAUUGCUCAAAUCAGGCUUAUUAUUUGUCCAAUUGCAAAGAGAGGCACAGAAUGGUCGUGGAAGGAUCGCUUCCUCACUUAUGUGCAACAAUUUGACAUUGGUGAUCGCGAACCAGCUAUGAAGUUACAUUUGCUCAAGAGGGCAAAGCGGUCAAAUGGGACUCGGAUUGGUGAUAUCAUUCCAGUCACUCAGCUCAGGGUGCCUGUCAAUAUUGUCCCUCGCUUUGGCUCAAAUGCAGACAAUCAUCUCACUCUGUAUAACAGCAUCAAAUACUCAUCAGAAUUCUGGCUUAACAGGUACUGGGACAAAAAUAUGUUCUUCCCUCUUGUGAUGUACUAG